AUACAGAAAGAAAUGUGACUAAAUUCAUUUAAAAAUGUAUUAUGCAAAGCAGCAUAUUAAGGUAAAAUAUGCUGUCAGUUGUUAAACAUGGGAAUGAAUAUGUUAUGGUAUGGAAAUUAUUAAUCUUAAAUAUCCUUUAUUUUGAAUUUGGGUCAUUUUUUUUUUUGUUGUUAGGUGUUCACCUUUAGCAAUUAUUCCAACCGAUACAAAAACAUGACAGUCUAAACAAAACCUACACAAACAAAGUCACUCAAACCUGCUUGGCCUCUUCAGGGCGUCUCUGUUUUACAUUUAUUAAUCACUGUGUGUGUUUGCUUUACGUCCUCAGUCCCGACACAACAUGUCCGCUCCAGACUGGGUGACUCCCGACGUCAUGGAGAAGCUCAGGUUUCUGACAGACUUUGGAUUUCAGCUCUUAUUCGGGGUUUACAAACAGCAAGAGAAGAGUCGCCUGCAGGGAGGCCUCCUGCUGGGGGAGAUUGUGAAGAACCUCACCAAGAUGGCCGCCUCACACCCACAACAACAGUUAAAACUGAUGAUGCUCUCAGCGCAUGACACAACUGUAGUUGCUCUUCAGGCCAGCUUGAAUGUGUUCAACGGAAAGCAGGCGCCUUACGCCUCCUGCCACAUAAUUGAACUGUACAGGGAAGACGAUGGAUCUGCGUCCGUGUCGAUGUUUUACCGCAACGACACCGGCGUGGAGCCGUACCCAGUCCAGCUGCCAGGUUGUGCUCAUGUCUGCCCCCUAGAGGACUUUGUGAGGAUCACAAAACCGUUCAUCUCAGACGACAGGGACAAGGAGUGUCAGAAAGUGGAGGCAGCACUGCCGACCCCAGCAGCAGGUCCUUUCCAUAACUUCCAGCCUGGCCAGUGGGUGCUGAUCAAAGACUUCCCGAUGAAAUAUAAGCAGCUGGGGCCGUGCAAGAUCCUGCUCGUCACCGACACGUCAGUGCUGGUCAGCAUUGGCUUGGUCCCUGCCAGUCGCUGCAUACUCUUCGAAGGAACACCUCCAGAGGGUUGUUGUUGCCUCCCCAACUAUGAAUCCAAGAAAUAGCCAUGGCAAAUCGGACUUUAAGAGCAUGAACCUCUUUUUACCAGCAACAUUGAGUGGAACACAGUAUAACCAUUGACUGAGCAGUAACACAUCAGAUGACCACUUAUCCUUUAUUGAAUGCUGCAGGUGAUGAAACUUCCAGAUGACAAUGAAGAAGAUGAUUUUUUUGUUGCUUAGUUACAUUCCGUUUAUUAUGUACAAGUCUAAACCCCAGUGGGAGGAUUUGUUAUGGAUGUAAUCAUCAACUUAUUUUACUAUGUGUAAUCUACAUAUAUUGAAUUAAUCAUUUUUGCCAUUAAUUCUGAAGUGUGUUCAUUUAUUUUAAGGAUUAAUUUUUCUUGAGUUUUUUUUUUUUAUGUUUAUUACAAGAUUUUUAUUUCUUAUAAUCACAGUUAUGUAUCUUCUAAAAGCACAAAGUUUUUAUUAAGUUGAUCCUUGACGGGAAUCAAAAGUGGGGAUAUUGUCGUGACAAACUUUGGCUUAUAUACAGAAAAGCAGAACUGACUACAGUGGACUUUUGAGAAGUUAUUUUUGUCUUAAACAAAGUUAUUUGUUUUAAAUGAACAACUCCAAGGUGUUAGAGUAGUGGGGUCUGUUAGCUUCCUAAAAAGCAACAACCAUAUCUAUUCACCAGAUUAAGGUUAAUCCUGACUAUUCCCCAUCAGUAUUGCCCUCUGUAACAGUAUUAUUGAUUUAAGUUUUACUCCUGCUCGUUUUUUUCUUGUUGUUUUGCACAGGAGUUAAUUUAGAAAAAACAGAAUCAAAAAAGCUUACCCAUCAUCCGGACUUUUGCUUGUAGCAAUACUGACAUCUAGGGGCAAAAAAACAGAAAACACAUUUUAUUAAAAAAA